AUGGCUUCCGCCACGGCCGAUGACGCGAAGCGGUUGCAAGAAGCCCAAAGGCUAGCAAAGGAUGAUCCCGCAAAGGCGGAAGAGACCUACAAGGACAUACUCUCGCGAGAUCCCGGCGCAAGCGAUGCAGCUAUCAAGAACUUUGAGACCGCACUCGUGAGCUUAGGGGAGCUGUACCGGGACCACAAGCGGACGGAGGAGCUGGCCGAGUUAAUCAAGACGACGCGGUCCGCCCUCUCAUCGUUUGCGAAGGCAAAGACGCAAAAACUUGUCCGCCAGCUCCUCGACCUCUUCACCACCCUACCCAACACAACCGACAUCCAGAUCAGCGUCACGCGCUCCUGCAUCGAAUGGGCCAUCUCCGAGCGCCGUGGCUUCCUCCGGCAACAGCUCGAGACGCGACUCGUAGGCCUGCUGAUGGCCAAGCGCUCCUACUACGACGCACUAACCCUCAUCAACUCCCUCCUGCGCGAACUCAAGCGCCUCGACGAUAAGCUCACCCUCGUGGAAGUCCAACUCCUCGAAUCUCGUGUCUAUCACGCCCUCGGCAACAUCCCCAAAGCCCGGGCGGCCCUAACCUCCGCGCGCACCUCCGCCGCCUCCGUCUACACGCCCCCGCUCCUCCAAGCAGGCCUCGACAUGCAGUCCGGCAAGCUGCACGCCGAAGACCGCGACUUCAACACGGCGUUCUCCUACUUCAUCGAAGCCCUGGACGGCUACCACUCCCAAGACGAGGCCGCCUCGGCGACCGCAGCGCUGCAGUACAUGCUGCUCUGCAAGAUCAUGCUGAACGCUGGCGACGACGUGGCGACGCUCAUGAACAGCAAGCACGCGGUGCGGUACGCGGGCAAGAACCUGGACGCCAUGAAAGCCGUCGCGCGCGCACACACGCACCGCAGCCUCGAGGAGUACGAGCGCGCGCUGUCGGACUACAGGAACGAGCUCGGGCGCGACAGGUUCAUCGUCAGCCACUUGAACCGGCUGUACGACGCCAUGCUUGAGCAGAACCUGAUCAAGGUCAUUGAGCCGUUUAGCCGCGUCGAGAUUGAGCAUAUCGCCAAGAUGGUCGGCCAAAAUACGCAGAGUGUGGAGCGGAAGUUGAGUCAGAUGAUUCUGGAUAAGGUUAUUAUUGGGGUGCUAGAUCAGGGGGCUGGGUGUCUGAUUGUAUUUGAGGAGGGCGAGAGGGAUAAGGGGUAUGAUGCCGCGCUGGACACGAUAGAGAAGCUGGGCAGUGUGGUUGAUGUGCUGUUCGCCAAUCAGGCUAGCGUGCUGGAGUAG